GACGUCAGACGCAGAGAGGAAGUCGACGCGCUCCAGUGAAGUGGAAGGCAAAAAGAGGAGAUAUGACGGCAGCAGUCAUCAGCUGGCCGACACAACAACAAUUGUGGUGAGCUGAUGGGGCGGGCGGUGUGGGCGGUGCUGCGGAUGGUGGCCUGCCAGGGAGCCGCUGCAUCCAAAUCAAGCGUACCUGUUCGUGCUCAGGCGGCUCGUCGUCCACCGCUGACUUCUUCUUUCCGGGCUUCGUCCAGUAACGCCAGGCGGCCGCAGUCUUCAGCCAGCAUGCCUGAGAUCACCAUAGACCACCUGGACCAGAAGCAGGUGCAGCUGCUGUCUGAGAUGUGCAUCCUCAUCGACGACAACGACCAACGGGUCGGCGCCGACACUAAAAAAAACUGCCACCUCAACUCCAACAUUGACAAAGGGUUGUUGCACAGAGCUUUCAGCGUCUUCCUCUUCAACAGUGAAGACAAGCUGCUCCUCCAGCAGCGCUCUGAUGCCAAGAUCACAUUUCCAGGCUGUUUCACCAACACGUGCUGCAGUCACCCCUUGCACACAGACAGUGAGCAGGACGAGAGCCAGGCCGUGGGCGUGAGGAGAGCUGCUCAGAGGAGACUCCAGGCUGAGCUGGGUAUUCCCAUGGAGCAGGUAACCCCCGAUGAAAUGACUUACCUGACAAGGAUUCACUACAAAGCCCAGUCAGACGGCGUUUGGGGAGAGCAUGAGAUUGACUACAUCCUCUUCAUGCAGAAGGACGUGGAUGUGAGUCCAGACCCCAAUGAAAUCCAAAGCCACUGUUAUGUGAGCAAAGAGGAGCUCCAGGAGAUGCUGGACCAGGCCGAGCGUCAAGAGCUGAAGAUAACUCCCUGGUUCAAACUCAUCGCAGAGACCUUCCUCUUCAAGUGGUGGGACAACCUUCAGAACCUCAAACAGUUCAUGGAUCACACCAACAUCCACCGCAUGUGACUCAGACCUCCAGGAAGGUACUUUUGUGUAGCACCACUAAGGACAACAUCAAACUUCACUAGGACUGUGAUCAUGUGACACUAUUUGUGCUGUGGGAUUGUGUGACAGCAUCUCAUUUGCAUAAUUGGCCUUCACACUAAACUGUGAGUGGAAGUGUGAAACUGUGAGUGGAAGUGUGAAACUGUGAGUGGAAGUGUGAAACUGUGAGUGGAAGUGUGAAACUGUGAGUGGAAGUGUGAAACUGCGAGUGGAAGUGUGAAACUGUGAGUGGAAGUGUGAAACUGUGAGUGGAAGUGUGAAACUGUGAGUGGAAGUUUGAAACUGAGUGCAAGUGUGAAACUGUGAGUGGAAGUUUGAAACUGUGAGUGGAAGUGUGAAACUGUGAGUGGAAGUGUGAAACUGUGAGUGGAAGUGUGAAACUGUGAGUGGAAGUGUGAAACUGUGAGUGGAAGUGUGAAACUGUGAGUGGAAGUGUGAAACUGUGAGUGGAAGUGUGAAACUCAGCUUCUUGGGGAUUUCUUCAAUAAAUGUUUCAAACCUGUUGUCAAGACAAAUACAAAUAUGUCAUAUUACAACUAAACUGUAUACAUGUUUGAAAUCAACCUAUCAACAGUUCAGGGUUCCUUACCAGGAAACCUUACCAUGUAUUAAAUCCACAGUUCAGGGUUCCUCACCAGGAAACUUUACCAUGUAUUAAAUCCACAGUUCAGGGUUCCUCACCAGGAAACUUUACCAUGUAAUAAAUCCACAGUUCAGGGUUCCUCACCAGGAAACCUUACCAUGUAUUAAAUCCACAGUUCAGGGUUCCUCACCAGGAAACUUUACCAUGUAAUAAAUCCACAGUUCAGGGUUCCUCACCAGGAAACCUUACCAUGUAUUAAAUCCACAGUUCAGGGUUCCUCACCAGGAAACCUUACCAUGUAUUAAAUCCACAGAUU